UUUCAUUUGAUUGGACAGGCAGCUAAACUAGCUGCUCAAAGAAAUAAAAUUUGAAAAAAAAAAAAAAUCUUAAAAAAAUCUUUAAACAAAACAAUGAAGUGCUGCAGUCGUUCUACUUUGGGUAUCACCAUUGGCAGUCUUAAUGUCCUGGGCUAUAUUCUGUGCACAAUUUUUUCAAUCAUUGCCGUUGUUCAAAUAAAUGCAGCCGAUGAACAGAAUCAGCAACAGAAAGAAGAAUUCGCCGUUUAUAAAACACUAUUUAUUGUAUUAAUAGUAGUAUGUUUAAUAAUGAUCCUUAUAUCCGGUCUACUCAUAACGGGCAUUGUAAAGAGACGCCACAAAAUGAUGCUUCCCUGGUUGAUACUUAGUGGCAUUGGUUUCGUUAUCAACUGUGCACGUUUCGGUUAUCUCAUUAUCGUUGCCAUAAUCCAAGGCAUUCCCCUGGCCACAGUUAUAUUCAUAUUUAUUUUGGGUUUACUUGGAAUUGCUAUUUCCGCUUUGAUAUUGUGGCCUAUUUAUACCUUGUAUAGAGAUAUGCGCAAGGAGAAUAGUGAAAUGCCGGGACGAGUAAUGAACAGUAGUAGCCAAGUUGAAUAUCAGACCUCACCCAGUUAUUAUAAAACUUAAAUUUGCUUUUAAUUUUUUUUAAUUGUUCAUAAGUUUUCUAUCGAAAUAAAUUUUUUUUUAUAAAUAAAUGUACUAAAAUACAAA